GUGGGAGGCGCCUGAUUAGAAUUUUCUCACAGGUGAGAUGCAUAAAACAGGUAAGAUGAGGAUCGACGCCACUUCUGCUUCGUUUGUCAUUGGCGUUGAGGUAUCCACAGCUCUGUAAAAUGGGUUCCAAACUCGAGAGUGCAAUGGAGGGGCUAAUUCGAGUGUUUCACUCAUACUCUUCAAAAGAAGGGGACAAGUACAAGCUGAGCAAAGUUGAGCUGAAGAAUCUGUUACAGGGGGAACUGAGUGACUUCCUGGCGGCAAGUAAGGACCCUAUGGUAGUAGAGAAGAUCAUGAGUGAUCUGGAUGAAAACAAAGAUGGCGAAGUGGACUUUCAGGAGUUUGUCAUCUUGGUUGCUGCGCUGACCGUGGCCUGUAACGAGUUCUUUGUAGAGAGCCUGAAUGAAUGAGUUUGGAAACAGUCUGUGACCUCUGCGUUCUACUCAUUAUUUCUUGUUAAUAAAACAAACAUGUAUGCUUUCA